CCUCAUUCGGUGCUCCCGUUCACCACAUGGGAUUCCGUUUCUUUUGGUCGGAAAAUCACAUUGCCUUUUGCUUGUUCUUUUUUCUCUACCAAACUUGAUCUUCUUGGAUUGAGUAUUUAAAAGAAAAAAAAAAUGUUUCUUUGAGGUCGUAUCGUGUCUAUAAGAAUACGGUUGGAGUAGCUACUGUCUCUUGCACAAGCACAUACAAUGAGUCCUCUUCUCUCUCUUUCCCUUGCAUUCUCUCUUUCUCUGUUCAAUAUUCUCUCUGUCUCCGGAGCUGUUACUCUCCCGCUGGAUGGACUCCUUCCAAAUGGGGACUUUGAGGAAGCCCCCAAGCCGAGCGACCUCAAGAAGACAGUGAUCGUAGGGAAGCACUCCCUGCCCAAGUGGGAGAUCGAUGGUCUGGUCGAGUUCGUCUCAGGGGGGCCGCAACCUGGCGGCUUCUUCCUUCCGGUCCCGCGCGGGGUCCACGCGGUGCGGCUGGGCAACGAGGCAUCCGUGUCUCAGUAUGUCAGUGUCAAGCCGGGGUCAGAGUACGCCCUCACGUUCGGCGCCACCAGGACUUGUGCACAGGACGAAGUGUUGAGGAUCUCCGUUGGCCCUGGCCAGUCUGCAGACUUGGGGAUACAGACCCUGUACAGCAGCGAUGGUGGAGACACCUAUGCUUGGGCCUUCCAGGCUGCUUCCAAAUCUGUGAAGGUGACCUUCCACAAUCCUGGGAUCCAGGAGGACCCCACCUGUGGGCCCCUCUUGGAUGCUGUGGCCAUCAAGGAGAUGCUUCCGCUCAAGUACACUCCAGGUAAUCUCAUCAAAAAUGGAGGCUUUGAGAUUGGCCCGCACGUGUUCAAGAACUUCUCGACAGGGGUCCUCCUCCCUGCCAAGCAAAAGGAUUUGAUCUCGCCGUUGCCCGGGUGGAUCAUUGAAUCCAUGAAGCCGGUCAAGUACGUCGACAGGAAACACUUCUUCGUGCCUUCCGGGCUAGCUGCAGUUGAGCUGGUUGCGGGGAGAGAGAGCGCGAUGGCGCAGAUAAUCCGGACAGUCCCCAACAAGUUCUACAACCUCACUUUCACCGUCGGGGAUGCCAAGAACGGGUGCCAUGGGUCGAUGAUGGUCGAGGCCUUCGCAGCCAAGGACACUCUCAAAGUCCCGUAUGAGUCCACCUCGAAGGGCGGGUCGAAGACAGCGAACCUCAAGUUCCAGGCGACAUCAGCCCGCACAAGGAUCACAUUUUUCAGUGCUUACUAUCACACAAAGCUGCAUGAUUACGGGCACAUGUGCGGCCCUGUCUUGGAUGAUGUUAAGGUUGUCCCUGUCAAGUAGAUUGUUUCUGAGAGAGGUAAUAGGGCGCGGCAAAAGCGAUCGUGAGUUCAUCAUUUGCUAUAUUGGUAUUUAGAGGAAUGUGGCAUGUUUCCAUGUUAUGUUUCAAGCGAGAUACAGUCUAUACAUAAACAAAACAAGAUGCACCUUCGACUAUUUGAAUA